UACACCCAAACUUAGUUUUCUCUCAUAUAGAAAGAAGUUGGCUAGUGACUUGUUGCAAAUUGCAAUCAAUUAAUCUAAAAUAUGGCUCCUGCUUCUUACAAUUGUAUUUUCAAUACCAUAUGUGUAAUGGACGCUUCCACUAGCUUAGGCACAAAGCUAGUAAAACGUCUUCUCAGGAGAGGUUACACUGUUCAUGCAGCUGUUCAGAAUCAUGGUGAGUCAUCGUUGUUGUCGUUGAAGGGGAUUGAAUGUGAAGAGAAGAAAUUGAAGAUAUUUGAGUUGGACCUUUUUGAUUAUCAUAGUAUUCUUGAUGCUUUGAAGGGUUGUUCUGGUUUGUUCUACUCAUUUGAACCUCCAACAGAUUAUCCUACUUACGAUGAAGAAAUGGGAGAAGUGGAGGUGAGGGCAGCACAUAAUGUAUUGGAAGCAUGCGCACAAACAGAGACAAUAGAAAAAGUUGUUUUAACAUCCUCAGUAACAGCUAUGAUUUGGGGACAGGAACACGAUAAAGAUUCUGCUGCAUCCAUUGAUGAAAGACAUUGGACUGACAUCAACUUUUGUCGUAAAUUCAAGUUGUGGCAUGCUAUGUCAAAAACACUAGUAGAGAAGACAGCUUGGGCAUUGGCAAUGGACAGAGGAAUAAACAUGGUGACUAUAAACUCAGGACUGUUAAUUGGUCCUGAAUUAACCAUCACUAAUCCUUAUCUUAAAGGGGCAGCUGAGAUGUAUGAAGAUGGUGUCUUUGUGACUGUUGAUCUUGAUUUCUUGGUGGAUGCCCACAUUUGUGUCUAUGAAGAAAUAGCAUCCUACGGUCGAUAUUUGUGCUUCAAUCACAUCAUUAACCAAAAACAAGAUGCUCUUAACCUUGCCCAAAUGUUGUCUCCUUUGCCUUCUCCACCUCAAAGUUUGAAGGAAGACACAAGGAUAAUCCAGCAAAGGAUCAGCAACAAGAAAUUGAACAAGCUUAUGGUUGACUUUAGAGGAUGCCAAGCCCAAAUGGACCAAACUGCAAAUCAAGACAUUUGCUUAUCAUGAAAAAACUGCAAAUCAAAGGGAUCUCUUAUCAAAGUGUAUACAAAUUAAAUGAUGUCUAGUGCAAAGCAUCAAAUGCUGUAAAAUUUGACGACAAUAAAACUUUUCCCAAACCCCACUUCCCAAGUAGUAGACAAGUUAAUUACUAAACCUCUUGGAUGUGAUGGGAGAAAAAGUUACUCCUAAAUAGAAAGAAAAGAGAGAAAAGCACAUAAAAUGGCUAAAUGCAAGACAUGUAAUCAUGUUUAUGUACAAAAGUCAAUUACUUAAGAAACACCAUGUGAAUUAUGAGUUGUUUUUUAUGCAAAUA